UAUGAAAUAUUGAUGUAGAUCAUGCUCUCUGCACUCUUCCUCUCAGUUCCUCCUAUGAUUCGAGUUGAUUUGCAGACUGAAGAUGGACGCAGUCUGAUUGAGUGCUCAGCAGCCGAUGCUGUUCCUGCAGCCAACAUGUCCUGGCUUCUACCAGAGGGUGUGUCUGGAGUCUCUUGGUUCAAUUUCACUUCCCAUAAUGGAAGCCACUCUGUCAGUGCAGUUUUACUCCUCCCUGCCUGCUCGCCUUGGGAGCUCACUGCAGAGUGUGUGAUAAAUCACCCUGCAUUUGAGGAGCCAGAGAACAGAAGCAUAACACUCCCUCUUUGCGCUCGUCCAAACAUCACCAUCAACUCCAGCACUGAGUGGAGAGAUGGUGACGAAUACACAAAGGUGGACUGCUCUGUGGACAGCGUUGCCCCUGCAGCAACCAUAACCUGGCAUAUUGGAAACAGUGACAGUGACAACGGCACCAGACAACCAAUGGAGAUUGAAGUCCAAGCUGAUGGUUUGGUUUCGGCCCAUAGCUCUGUGCAUAUCCUGUCUUCUUCGUAUUCUGGUCAGAAUUUGACCUGCAUGGUGGAGCAUCCGAGCCUGGAGGCGCCUGAGAAAAACACAGUACACAUUCCAGUGAACAGAUCCCCACUGCUGAGUGUGUCUGUAGCAAGACAGCAUGACUCUCCUCUCUGGAUGGCAGUGUGUGACUGCAGAGGGGAGGGUGUCAGAGAUAACAUCGCCUGGGUCCUUGAAAAUGCCAAAGGCCAAAUGUCCUUGCACUCAGAGUAUGAAGAGCGUGCCCAGAAAGCCAGGCUGACUUAUCAGUUUCCUCUGGACCUUCAUGAGGGAAUGGAUCUGACCUGUGUGUAUCAAUCUGAACAUGGGCUCACAGACAGCAGGACCAUGCAUAUCCCCAAAUACUAUAUCACCUCUGUGAGAGUCCUGAACCACACAAUGCCUCUGCAAAACCGCUACGGUGGCGGGCCCGUCAUACACAGACUGACUCUCAAAGAGAAUCAUCACAACCAGAGAGUACUGCUGCGAGUUGAUGGCAACGUUCCAGAGCACAACCUCAGCUGUCAAAGGAGUGAUGGCGUCUUUGUGAAAAUGGUUGGGGAUUCAAUGGUCUUCGAGUCAAAGCUCACAGAGCACAAUGAAGGACUGUACACCUGCUGGGCAUCUUUCUAUCAUCACACCGCCACUGUCAACAUUCGAGUGGAUGUCAUGAGUGAUGACAAACUGUUUGCACUGAUGGCCAUGAUCUGCCUCUCUUCGGCCUCGGCGAUCCUUCUCAUCCUCAUUGUCACUCUCUGGGCGCUCUGCAAAAAAAAUUGUGGGACACAAUGUAAGAGGAAGGAGUCUUCCUCACCCUUGACAACUCUGAUACAGGAGCACCGCUCUCUUGAGGUGAAGAAGCUAGCCGCAGUGACAGAGAAAGACAGUAACGAAUACGCUCAGCUGGUCAGUUACGCCAUAGUCAUUGACGUCAAGAGUACAGUGUGAAGAUAAAAGUUCUUUGAAGGGUUUUUGUAUCAAACAUUUAGCUUUGCUUUGUGCAAGAACAUAUUAAAUAUGAAGGCUACUAUGAUUGUGCCAGACUAUACAAUAUGAAGGCUACUGGCACUGCAGCAUUGUUUAUGAUUGCAUUGUAUUUGUAUGUGACUUGUUCAGCUGGAGAGGCAUUUAAAUUGAGAAGAUUAUUUGUUUAUGUACUAAAACAUUCCUACUUGUGAAGUUUUUUAAAAACAAAUUGACUGGCAUUAAUGAUUUAAAAUGAGAAACUAUUGCACUUAUUAAUGUAACUUGAAUUUUGUACUGUUUUUAUACUCAAUGUAUUUUCAGAUGAGUUUU